AUGAAUCACCGUCCAAUGGAACUGGGGAGGCCUAACUCAGGUAAAAGAAGAUUAAAAGAUCUAUUGCUGCAAAAAGAUAAUCGCUCUUGUGCUGAUUGUGGUGCUCCAGAUCCUAAAUGGGCGUCAGCAAAUAUCGGAGUUUUUAUAUGCUUAAAAUGUUGUGGUGUGCAUAGGAGCCUUGGUACUCAUAUAUCAAAGGUUUUGUCAGUGACACUGGAUGAAUGGUCUGAUGAUGAAAUUGAUGCAAUGAUAGAAGUUGGGGGAAAUUCUUCUGCUAAUGCAAUUUAUGAGGCUUUUAUUCCAGAUGGAUGUUCAAAGCCUGGACCAGAUGCUGGUCACGAGGAACGCUCAAAAUUCAUCCGGUCAAAGUAUGAGGCUCAAGAAUUUCUGAAACCUAGCUUGCGGAUUAACUCAGGUCCUUCUAGAAAGAACUCUCUUCAGAACACUCUCCAAUCAAGUAGUUUUUCUAGAAAGAUUAUCGAUAGUUUUCGUUCAAAUUCUUCGCAGAAAACGGAAGGUAUGGUAGAAUUUAUUGGAUUAUUGAAGGUAAAGGUGAUUAGAGGCACAAAUUUAGCUAUUCGAGAUAUGAUGACAAGUGAUCCUUAUGUCAUCCUGACUCUUGGGCAACAGACUCUUCAGACGACUAUAAUAAAAAGUAACUUGAAUCCAGUCUGGAAUGAAGAACUCAUGCUGUCUGUUCCUCAGCGAUAUGGAGCUUUACAGUUGCGGGUGUUUGAUCAUGACACAUUCUCGGCUGAUGACAUAAUGGGAGAAGCAGAGGUUGAUCUUCAGCCCUUGAUAACAUCUGCAAUGGCAUUUGGGGAUGCAGGAAUGUUUGGGAACAUGCAAAUUGGAAAAUGGCUGAAGUCAAAUGACAAUGCCCUCGUAGACGAUAGCACCGUUAACAUUGUUGAUGGGAAGGUAAAACAGGAGGUGACACUCAAGCUCCAGAAUGUGGAAUGUGGAGAAAUAGAUUUAGAACUAGAGUGGAUGCCUCUUGAGCAAUAG